AUGGACCUAGAUGAAGCUAUAACUGUUACUAAAAUCAAUACUCAAUCAAGACCACUUUACCUAUUAGUGGGAUGGCAGUCGAAAUCUUUCGAAACUUAUAUCUAUGAUCGAGAAAACAUUUGGAAGGGAAGGUUUUCGUCUAACCGAUUAUCAGGUUUCAGUAAAAAUUUACAAAUGUCCGAAAAAGAGUAUUUUUAUAACACAAAAAAAUGUCUGUCACAACAAAGAGACGACUAUUUGUACGAGUUGAAAAGUGGUUUCUUCUAUUGGAAACGAAAAAAGAAUAACUCUGUGAUAAUAGAAGGUUUCUUACCCGUGGAAUUGGAAUCUCCUGAGGUACCAAGGCCAGACUUAACAGACAUUUUAUUGGCCUUGAAUACACAUUUGAGUGAAAAAAUUAAUAACUACAAAAGGGACUUUAAAAGUAUAAAAGAAGAGUAUCGUAAAUGUUUAAAGGACACGGAAGAAUUUCUUAAGUUAAAAGUUGAUAUGGAAAAGGCUUUGUGUAAUAAAUUUCUCAGCUUGCUUAAUACUAAACUAACUGAAGUGACGUCGAAAUCCCCAUAUUCUGAUGGUUUUUAUGUAAAAAAUUCUGCAAUGGAUAAACUAGGCAUAAAAAUAAUUGAUACUUCCGUACAACAAAAAGUAGUCUGA